CGGCUUAACCUUGGUGAGCAGUGCGCGUGCAGUGUGGCGCGACCCAAGGGAGGCGGUGAGGCAAAGCAGACCUCACUCAUCCCUUCUGCUGCUCGGCGCCCGCUACGACCACGCUCCUCUCGCCUCGCACGCUCUCCGCUCGUUCUUCGCCACCAGUCGAUGCAAGGACAAUGCACAGACAAUUCUCUUAAAGUUUAAUCCCAUCUGACUCAAAACACUUCAGAACCCAGAUAGCAAUACGAAUCACAUAAACAGAUUGACAGACUAGCAUAUCUUCACAUUUUAACGGGAGUUGGGAAGGAAACUGAGUAAGAGUAACAUUAGCCUCGCGUUGACACCUGCAGCCAGCGAGCAUGUCUGCUACUUCGUCUAUCGCCAGCACAGAGAACGGGCGCUGGGUGGACAAUUCGAUCGCAGCCUCGCCAGGAGGACUUAUAUGCAAGGACUUCCUCCCUCAACCAGACCCUGACCAGUCCACCUGCUGCACCACCACCUACCAAAGCUUCAGCGAGACGGUCCAGCAGGCGAAUGAAUGGCUGGCCCGCUACGAGAAAGCUGAAGUGGUCAACUGUGAGACGCUUCCCUUCUCCUUCACCGGCUCACAAGCUUUUCUCCCCGACUCCUGGCCCACUACCACCCAUCUCAGGGGCUUGCGAGUGUGGAUACGAUUACCAGAGGAAAGCGGGCACGAGGGACGCUGUCUCCUUAGUUUCAGGGACUAUGCGCCAUACCUCGAUAGGAAGAACCGCUUUAGCCGAGAUUAUGACGACGCGACUGUUUUGAUGGAGCGGCUCAACGGUUACCUCGCCACUCGCAUCACUCCUUCCCGCAUUGUCUCCGUGCAAACCGUGGAUACUCCAAUGAGCGGUGUGGUUGAGAUGGACGUAGAUACAGACAAGUCACGCCUCGCUUUCAGCCAGCAUGGAUACACGAUGUACUGCCGGACGUUACGUGUGUUUUUCGUGACUCACUACCACAGGAACUCCAUGCAGGUGUCCCUAACGCGGUCCAAGCUUGGCCUCAGAGAUUUCCUUCCCAAGGCCAAGAGUGACGGUCCUUCCAGGAGAGGGGAAACGCUGUCUGAUGUGAUGCAGCGCGCCGUCGCCUGGUGUCACUCUACCCCGGGAGUCACGCUACUUAACCUGCAGGUCCUGCCACUCAAGUCAGGGCGGCCCAGCGUCGCCACCACCUGGACGCUGGAGAGUCCGGGACACCUGCCCAACAAGUUCACCAGCUUCGUGCGUCUCAUCUUCACGGAUCACACCGACGGCAAGGCAGACAGAAAGGCAGACGGCGAGGCAGAGAAGCAAGACGAGGUGGCAGAUGUGAUUACUUCCAUGUCCCCGAGUAGAGCUUCAACUGAGGAGGCGGAUAAACUAGAACAGGAGGACAUGAAGAGUUCUAGAGUGACUUUGCCUCCACUAAUCAUUGAAAAACAAAAUGAGGAAGAUUCAAAGGCAGAUGAUAAAGAAUCCAGGUUGUCACUAAAAGAUGUGAGCAGCCUGCCAGGAGUGAUCAACGUGGCCGAGGCAGGAGAGACAAAAAGCAAGGUGGUGUCAGGCCUGCGAUUCAAGACAUUUGUUCCCAAGCUCGCUUCGUCACCAAUUGGAGUGUGUGGGCGUGGCCAGUGGGAACCCGUGGAUCAGACUGUAAACCGCCUGAAUUCCUGGGUCUACACCUCUCAGGGCACCCUCCUCACCAUCCACACCCAGCUUGUCUUCACCAGAGGGAGGCGCGACGAGGUGGACGCCGACACCGUGAGAUGGGCGCGUCACCUGGCCGGGGCGGGGCAUGUGGGCGUGUUUCAUCUGGUUAUGAACGGGGGACGGUGCACUACUGCCUUCCCUCCUGCAAUGUCUGACGAUUCCUCCUCCUGCGUCAUCCUGUAGUGGCUGGAGGGCGUACAGUGUGCCAGGGGUGUUGAAUCUGUGUCGUACUACCUUUUGGGACUCGGUCUGCCUGUAUAGAUCGUGUCAUCCUGAACUCUCCCAGGGAAAAAAAAAAUGUAGUCUUUAACCUCAGGAGUCAAAGUCAUGGUAUUCUUUUGAAGUUUAUGAACUCAGCGAGCUAAAUUGAUACCAUCUAUAGCUGUGAGAGAACUUCGAGGCAAAUUCCGGCUUAAGUAAUCUUUAAAUCAUGCAAUUUUUAAAUCCAAUAAAAGUUUAAAAUAGGUAAGUUAUCUCAUCAGUAUAAAAUCAUACCAUAUCCAGCUUAAUCAGAGAUAUCAAAAGAUAAUCUGAGCUCAGCCAACUUUGAACCGUACUUUUGUUAACUUCCAUAAAGAUUUAAAGAUUUUUAAGUCAGCAAGUUAAAAUCAUGCCAUAUUUAGCAUCAACAGGGGCUUAAAAUAUGCAUUAUGACCCCAAUAAACAUCAGACUUUACCAUAUGUAACAUCACAAGAAGGUUUAAAGGGAGGUACAUAUCAUAACAACAUUUUAAGUCAGCAAGUUAAAAUCAUGCCAUAUUUAGCAUCAACAGGGGCUUAAAAUGUGCAUUAUGACCCCAAUAAACAUCAAACUUUACCAUAUGUAACAUCACAAGAAGGUUUAAAGGGAGGUACAUAUCAUAACAACACGCCUCUAGUUUCUGAAUCCAUCCCUUAGCAUCUCUCAGCAGGAACGGAGAUCUUUUAGGGAGGCAUGUAACAGCUGGAGGCGGAGGGGCUGUAUGCUCGGGGCUCAUAAUGAAAACAAGAUACAGACAGCACGUGCGCGCCGGGACAGGAAUGUGGGAUAUUUAAUAGUGUGAGAAUGAAAUCACUUUUAUAUUCAUAGUCUUGAAUCUCAACCACGUGGGGUUUUGUUGACUUACUCUUAUCCUCAACGCAGAUUCUGUUUGCGUUCAUCGUCUUGAGAAAAUAUUGGAGAGAAUGUUGUGUUUUCGUUCGGUUCGUCUUGUCUCGACUUGACUUGCCUCAGUUAUCCGUGUAGCUCUGUCAGUGUCAUAUUAUUGAAUGUAAGAUUAAUGACAAAUAAAGAUGAUUUUCUCUUU